AUGUUCGCGUCGACCGCGAUGAGCGCGAGCGUGACGACGGCGACCGCGACGACGCGCGCGCGCGGAGUUUCCGUCGUGACGCGAGCGAGUUUGACGCCGAAGGAGGCGAAGCGGCAACAACGUCACCGUAAGAUUAGGUCCAAGGUUUCUGGGACGUCUGAACGCCCGCGCAUCUCCGUGUACAGAUCCAACCAACACGUGUACGUGCAAGUGAUCGACGACGAAAACCAAAAAACCAUCGCCGCGCUCGGCACCAUGAGCAAGUCCGUCAAGGCGGUGAUCGGCGAGGAGGAGUGGAAGGGUAAAACCAUCAGCGCCGCCGAGCAGGUCGGGAAGAUGCUCGGCGCCGCGUGCGUCGAGAAGGGCAUCACGCAAGCCGUGUUCGACCGGGGCGGAUUCUUGUACCACGGCCGCGUGCGCGCGAUCGCCGAGGGCGCGCGCGAGGCGGGCGUGAGCAUCUGA